AUGCAGCCCCCAAAGGAUGUCGCUCCGAGAGUCCGCAUCCGCGGCAUGAUCCUCACGGCCGGCAUUGCCGCCAUAACGAUUGUCGGCACGCUUGUCGGCGCCGGUCUCAAGACGGAUAUGGAGGCCAAGGAGCCUGCCGGCGAAGACGACCUGAUUGCCGCUCUGGAGACCCGCCGCCGCGGCCUUGUCCAGACCCGCGCAUCGUGGGAGAAGAAGGCCGAAACACUCCGUGAGCGCAUGGAGAGCAGCGCGCAGCGCAGCAUUGGCAGAGGAAGUGCGGGCGGAAGCUCGACGUCUGGAAAGUGA